AUGUCUUGCCUGUUGUUUCAGUUUGAAUAUUAUUUUUCUGUCGGAUUUAGGACUUUAUUCCUGCCUGCCUCUCUCUGUGGAUAUGUUUUUGCUUGGGUUUUGGGCUGGUCUCCUGUUUUGUUUGUUGCCUGCUCGCUUCACCAUCAGUGUGGCGGUACAGGCAGCCAGCAGACCAUUCUCCAUGAGGAGCAGUGGAAGAUGCCGGCUCUGCCAGCACUGCUGCUGUCGAUUUACGUCGCCGUCCUGCUGCUGACCAUGGCACCACUCUCCUUCAGCCAGGCCAACACCCUCUCUGCUGUCCGGAUGGCGGCCAUUUUGGAUGAUCAGUCAGUGUGUGGUCGUGGUGAGCGUCUGGCGUUGGCUCUGGCGAGGGAGAACAUCAACAGUCUGAUGGAAGGCACCUCCCAGGCGAGGGUGGAGGUGGACGUCUACGAGCUGCAGAAGGACUCCCAGUAUGACACCACUGACACCAUGUGUCAGAUCCUGCCAAAGGGCGUGGUCUCUGUGAUUGGCCCCGCCUCCAGUCCAGCCUCCGGGUCCACCAUCAGUCACAUCUGUGGGGAGAAAGAGAUCCCUCAUGUGAAGAUCGGUCCGGAGGAAACCCCGAAGCUGCCGUAUCUACGCUUUGCCUCUGUGACGCUUUACCCAAGCAACGAGGACCUGAGCCUGGCCAUCGGAUCCAUCCUGCGCUCCUUUGGCUACCCGACGGCCAGCCUCGUCUGUGCUAAAGCAGAGUGCCUGCUGCGAUUGGAGGAGCUGGUCCACCGCUUCCUCAUCUCCAGAGAGACGCUGUCGGUGCGCAUGCUGGACGACAGUCUGGACCCCACCCCUCUGCUGAAGGAGAUCCGUGACGACAAAGUGGCCACAAUCAUCAUCGACGCAAACGCCACCAUCUCCUACCACAUCCUCAGGAAGGCGAACGAGUUGGGGAUGACGUCGGCCUUCUACAAGUACAUCCUCACCACCAUGGACUUUCCUCUGCUCCGGCUGGACGAUGUGGUGGACGAUCAGUCCAACAUUGUGGGCUUCUCCAUGCUGAACAGCAGUCACCCUUUCUACCUGGAGUUCAUCCGGAGCCUCAACAUGUCCUGGAGGGAAGGCUGCGAUGUAAGCCCAUACCCAGGGCCAGCGUUAUCAUCCGCCCUGAUGUUUGAUGCGAUAUAUGUGGUGGUGAGCGCUGUGCGUGAGCUGAAUCGUAGUCAGGAGAUCGGAGUGAAGCCCCUGAGCUGCACCUCCCCGCUCAUCUGGCAGCAUGGGACCAGCCUCAUGAACUACCUACGCAUGGUGGAGUACGAUGGUCUGACGGGUCACAUUGAGUUCAACAGCAAAGGUCAGAGGACCAAUUACACACUGAAGAUCCUGGAGAAACACCCUGGGGGCCAUAAAGAGAUUGGUACCUGGUACUCCAACAACACAUUGGCCAUGAACUCUACUUCCCUGGACCUCAACGCGUCAGAGACGCUGGCUAACAAGACGCUAAUCGUCACCACAAUACUGGAAAACCCAUACGUGAUGCGUAAGUCCAACUACCAGAACUUCCAGGGUAACGACCAGUACGAGGGUUUCUGUGUGGACAUGCUGCGGGAGCUGGCCGACAUCUUGAAGUUCUCCUUCAAGAUCAAGCUGGUGGACGACGCGCUGUACGGGGCCCCAGAGCCCAACGGCAGCUGGACCGGCAUGGUGGGAGAGCUGAUCAACAGGAAAGCGGACCUGGCAGUGGCCGGCUUCACGAUCACCUCAGAGAGAGAGAAGGUGAUCGAUUUCUCCAAACCCUUCAUGACUCUUGGGAUCAGCAUCCUCUACAGGGUUCAUCUGGGUCGUAAACCGGGUUACUUCUCCUUCCUGGAUCCCUUCUCCCCGGCUGUCUGGCUCUUCAUGCUGUUGGCCUACCUCGCCGUCAGCUGCGUCCUCUUCCUCGCCGCCAGGCUCAGCCCCUAUGAGUGGUAUAACCCUCACCCGUGCCUGCGGGAGCGGCGGGACGUCCUGGAGAACCAGUACACGUUGGGCAACAGUCUGUGGUUCCCAGUGGGCGGCUUCAUGCAGCAGGGAUCAGAGAUCAUGCCCCGGGCUCUGUCCACCCGCUGCGUCAGCGGAGUCUGGUGGGCGUUCACCCUCAUCAUCAUCUCGUCCUACACAGCCAACCUGGCGGCGUUCCUGACCGUCCAGAGGAUGGAGGUUCCCAUCGAGUCUCCAGACGAUCUGGCCGAUCAAACCAACAUCCAGUAUGGGACCAUCCACGGAGGAUCCACCAUGACCUUCUUCAUGAACUCGCGGUACCAGACGUACCAGCGGAUGUGGAACUACAUGUACUCCAAGCAGCCCAGUGUGUUCGUGAAGAGCACAGAGGAAGGCAUCGCCCGCGUCCUCAACUCCAAGUACGCCUUCCUGAUGGAGAGCACCAUGAACGAGUACUACCGCAGCCUCAACUGCAACCUCACGCAGAUCGGAGGACUGCUGGACACCAAAGGAUACGGCAUCGGCAUGCCUCUGGGCUCUCCGUACAGAGAUGAGAUCACUCUGGGGAUCUUACAGAUGCAGGAGAGCAACAGGCUGGAGAUCCUGAAGAGACGCUGGUGGGAGGGAGGACAGUGCCCCAAAGAGGAGGACCACCGAGCCAAAGGUCUCGGCAUGGAGAACAUCGGCGGGAUUUUUGUGGUCCUGAUCUGCGGCCUCAUUAUCGCCGUCUUCGUCGCCAUCAUGGAGUUUGUGUGGUCGACUCGCCGCUCCGCAGAGACGGACGAGGUCUCUGUUUGUCAGGAGAUGCUGACGGAGUUUCGAAAUGCCGUCUCCUGCAAGAAAAACUCUCGCCCCCGUCGGCGCCGGCCUCUGAGCAGCGCUGGGGGCGGAGUUCUGCGUCACCCUUCCCGCCUGGCUCUGGCCGCCCCGCGCCCCAUACGUCUGGUCCGUGAGAUGCGUCUCAGCAACGGCAAACUGUACAGCGGCGCCGGCCCGCUGACAGGCGGGUUGGCGGGCCUUGGGGGAGGUAUGGGAGGAGGCCCUGAUCUGGGCCCGGGGCCACAGAGGCUCCUUGAAGACCCACUAGGCGCCAACGCCACUACCGGCACGCCACCUCCUCCGGCGUCAGCCCUGGUGGCUCCUCCCGCACCGCAGCGCAGCGUCCUGCAUGGCUGCAGCCACGUGCGAAUCUGCCAAGAGUGCCGGCGGAUCCAGAGCCUGCGGCCGGCCACACAUACUCCUCCCCCACCUCCCCCCCCCUCCUCAUCGUCCUCCGCCUCCUCCUGCUCCCGGAUCCCUCCCUCCAUGGCGACGCCGGGUCACCACCAUCGCCACAACCCCCACCCCCACCACCACCUCCACUACCACCAUGGCUCUAUGUCGCUGCCCCGCCUCCCACCGCCGCCUCCUCCCAUCCCAGCAGACAGAGCUGACAGCGACGGGGGCACAGCAAGCCCGCGGCGGGGCAAUAACAAGCCGGCGCCACCGCCCCGGCCUCUUCCCCCUCCUAAAACGCCGACACGCCCACCUAUGGACUUACUAGGGGGGCACGACUGAGCAAAAAGACGCUGUGUGGGCCGUCAUCAGAGGGGUCAAAGGUCAGUGAACUUUACUUUUUGGCCCCAAUGACCAGUCCAAACUGGCCUAUCAGCAGGGGCGGAUGGGAAAAACCAUUUUGACCCAUUUGCAGGGCCGUUCAUAAAGACCCAGCCAGUUUCAAUGGAUCAUACCAGUAACCUUUUCAUAGGGGUGGACGGAUUAAACCACUGUAAACCAAACCUUACAUUUUGGAUUAAACCAGCCGAGGUCUUUGGAUCGCGGUGCCGCAGCGGACGGACAAACAGGAAGUGCCUGCCAAAUGGACACAAUCCUGGGGUCUUGAUUGUUUCGGCCACAUUCAGUCCUCCACCUCUUGCCUCGGCCAAUCAUCACACUCCGUGCCAAGUGAGGAGGAUUCAGAGACACCAAGAGAGAAAGGCUUGUGUUUACUGUUUGAAUACUGAACCAGGUGUUUGUAUAGAAGGAGACCAACACACACACACACACACACACACACACGGUAGCAGCAGAGCAGCUGUACAGUGAUCAUGGUCACCUGUCCGUCGUUUGGACGUCUCUGGAGGAUGUAGCUCUUAUAAACCCUGUCGCUGUUUGUGCAGACUCCUGCUGACCUGACGUCUGGAAACGUGACCAACCGGUGCUGUGAUCCACGAAGCAGGAAAACGGAUGCAUCACCUGAAGUGUACCGAGCUGUGCUGGGGUAGUUCUUCUUUUCCAUGCAGCA